UUUUUUUUUUUAAUUUUUUAAAAACUACCUAACUGGUGGUCCGACUCCGAAAUUUUCCUCUGUGCUGAACCUGGCAGGCCUUUAAGGACCCUGAAGAUCUGGCCUUCUUUCCCCUUGGUAUCUCUUGGGUUUGCCAGUCACUUUUUCAUGACCUAUCUUCCCUACCUAGGCAUUACUCUCUUUCUUUUUAUAUAAUAGAUAUAGAUCAAAAACUCACUCUUUGGUCCUUGUCGUUUAACCCUAUUCCAUUCAUUCUCUAACCCGUCCCUACGUUAUAGAGAGCGAUCAUGGCUGAGGUUGCUGCUACACCCGCUCCCGCCCCGGCGGCCGAGAACAAGAAACCUGAGAAGCCUAAUGCCGAGCUCUUCCAGGAGCAAUUGGCUAAGGCCGAGAAGGAAUACCAGGACUCUUUUGCUAGAUACAAUGCUGUUAAGCAAAAGGUCGAGCUCGUCACGGGAAACAAGAACAAGGACACUCAGUCUCCCCUUCAAAAGCGCCGCCAGGAGCUUAUCGCUCAAGCCAACGAAAUCCGCAACAAGCAAGGCGCCGGCAAGAACACCCGCAACACUAAGCUGGAUCAGAUCAAACGCCUCGACGAACAGCUGCGAUCCCGAAUCGCAGAGCAGAAGAAUGCGCGUGGCAAGGUUAACUUCAAGAGCGUCGAGGAUCUCGACCGUGAGAUCGAGCAUCUGGAAAAGCAGGUCAACGGCGGCAUGAUGAAAUUGGUCGACGAGAAGAAGGCUUUAGCCGAGAUAUCUAACCUCCGAAAGCAGCGCAAGAACUUUGCCCAGUUCGACACUUCGCAGAAAGGAAUCGACGAGCUAAAGGCCAAGAUCAAGGAAAUCAAGGAUAGCAUGGACGACCCCGAAGCCCGUGCGCUAAGCGAACAGUAUACCAAGAUCCAGGCUGAGCUUGACACCAUCAAGGCAGAGCAAGACGAAGCCUUCAAGAACCUGAAUUCUCUGCGCGACGAGCGAAGCAAGCUACAAGCUGAGCAGCAAGAGAAGUUCCAGGCCGUACGUAAGCUUAAGGACGAGUACUACAGUGCGAAGAAAGCUUUUGGCGAGUAUGAGCGCGAGGCACGCCAACGAGCCCGAGAACGACAGAGGGCCGAGCGCGAGCGCAUCGAGAAGGAGAAGAAGAAAGAGCGUGCGCAGAAGCUGCUCCAGGAGGCUAGCGACCCUGCCUAUCUCGAGGAGAUCCGGAGAGCCAACAGUCUCCUACAAUACUUCGACCCGUCCUCCGCCCCUGCUGAGAAGGCUCCUCUUCUAGCUGACAGCGGUCUGAGUGCUCAAGCUUCGCGCAAGGUUGACGACUCGGGCUUGAAGGGAACCAGGUUAGUGCGAAAGGAAGACCGUGGCGACGAUUACCUACCUGCCGUGAAGAAGGGGAAGAAGGGCAAGAAGGGUAACAACGCCGAAAAGGGCGGCAAUGCCGAAAAGGGCUUCAGCCUGCCCCCUGCUGUUAUCGAUGACUGCUCAUUCCUAGGAAUUAACCCUCCUAUGGGCUCUGAGGACGUUGCUGCUGCUGUCGAGAAGGUCAAGGCUAAGUUGGAGCACUGGAAGUCGGACCAACAGGCCCAAACUCAACGUAACAUCGAGAAAGCCAAGAAGGAAAUUGAGAAGUUAGAAGCCGAGGAGGCUGCUGAGGCUUCCGGUACCGCAACCCCCAACGGUGUCAAUGGGGACAAGAAGUCUGACGACAAGGUGGCGGCCGUAACGUCGGAUCUAAAGGAGGCAUCAUUGGAGGAGAAGUCGGCUUAGAAGUCCACCGCGCCAUUAAUUGCCAGCCACCAGUCAGUCGAGGUUAUUUAGAUGGAAUUCUCGGAUCGGGUAAAAAAAAGGAAUUAAAAAAAAUAAAAAGCUUCCACCGCCACGCAACAUCCAAACUCGAUUUCCUAUUUGAGGGAGAAAAGACGAAUUGCUGUUUUUGGUUUUCUUCUCGGGUGGGACAAGAAAUGAAUGAACACGAACGAACAAAGGGGGGGCGGGCUGGCUGGCUGGACUAUAGGGAAAAAUAAAUUUUCGAGGGUUAGAUUUCACAGCAUCAUUAUUAUCACCAUGUAUUUAGCACAGCAUUAAAACGCCUACCUAGCUACCCUAUUCCCGCAUCUCUCACACACAUAUUAUUGUACAUGUAU